AUAUAAUAGUUGUAUAUUGUGAGAAAGAACAUCAUGAACACACGUGUCGCGCAGAGGAGCUUAUUUAAAAAUGGCGCUCUUCAAUCGUGCUAAUUUAAAUUCUCUCUCGUUAUUAAAUAAUUGUUAUUAUAAAUUCGCGACGAGCACUAUAAGAUUAAAAAUGCGCGAACGCACUUCAAUAUCGUGGGAACUCGUACAAGAGAAGAUCAAACAAAGCUCGGAAAAGAAAACAGAAUCGUUGAAUGUUAAGAGCACGACGUUCGAAACUAAAAUUGCCAAUCGAAGAGAUCAGGCACGUCGAAGUAUAUUGGUACAGGUAUACUCGUCAAAUUCACAAGACGAUCUCCAGAGCUACUGUGCUCAAUUUGGAGAAAUUUUAAGUAUGCACCAUUACCAAAAGGACAGACAACAUAAUUAUAUUUUAAUUGAAUUUAAAGAUAUGGUAUCGAUAAAUGAAAUUAUGUCAUUUGCUUCCUUUAUGGACGGAGACUUAAUAGCCCCUGUUAAAUCGUCCAUAUUUUGGUUCCGCAAAGGACAAACAUUACGUCAAAAGAUGAAUAAUCAGAGAAAGAUAAUCCUAGCCACAAAAAAUGGUAUCGUGUAUCCUACUGAAAAUGAGAUUGCAAAUGUCUUACAAGAUGCAAAAUCGAUAUCAGGACAAAUAACAAAUCUGUAUGAAGCAUUAAAGCUGAGCGAUUUAGAAACAAGACUGAGAUUUCACACUGCGCAUCACCUAGAGCAGUAUUUUUCUAAACUAUUUCAAAAUACAAGAAUUUUACCUUUUGGUUCCUCUUUGAAUGGGUUUGGAAGGAAAAGAUGUGACCUUGAUUUAGUUCUCGUUCCUGAUAACAUUGAAGAAGUAAAUACAAUACAAUAUAAUUCCGCGAGUAGAUUAGUAUUUCAUACAAAACCUAUGAAACUCAGUGAAAGACAGGAAACCAAAGAGUUUAUGGAAAUACUCGCAAGUACUAUGCAACAUUUUAUCCCUGGAGUUCGUAAUGUACGAAGAAUCCUAGAAGCUAGAGUACCUAUAAUUAAAUUUUAUUACGAAUAUACGAAUAUUGAAUGUGACUUGAGCACAACAAAUAUGGCUGCCAUAUAUAUGUCUGAAUUGUUAAACUUAUAUGGAGAAAUAGAUUGGCGAGUAAGACCGCUUGUUACAGCAAUACGAAAAUGGGCAAAGAGUCAUGAGAUAACGUGUGACGUACCAGGACAAUGGAUAACAAAUUUCUCCCUUUCAUUAUUGGUGCUCUUCUACUUACAACAAAAAAAUAUACUACCGUCCUUAAAAGCAUUGAAAACGUAUGCAACACGCGAUGACAUUCGUUGUACAGAAAAUGGUAUCGAUUGCACUUUUCUGCGGGAUAUUGAAAAAUUGCCGGCCGAAUACAAGUAUAAAUCAAAUCAAGAUAAUCUGGAGUUGCUGUUGUACGGUUUCUUUGAAUAUAUUUCGACAUUUGACUUCCACACAAAGGGGAUAUGUAUCCGCGAAGGAGUGCCGAUCCGGAAACCAUCGCGCUCGGCGCUUCACAUCACCAAUCCCCUUGAGACGACGUUGAACGUGUGCAAGAACGUAAACAUUUACGAGUUAAAUCGCAUAACGGAGAAGGCACACGAUGCGGUAUAUACGUUAGAGACUGCUAACGAAUCCAGAAAUAGCAGUUGGGGUCUUUUGACUUUAUUGAACAUGAAAACCCUUGACGUAAUAAAUCUAGUGAAAUCGAGAAGCAAAAAAGAACAGAAUACCGCGGAUUAUUUGGAGGAUUAUUCUCAUGAAGUUUCUGAAGUCGUUAUCAAGCCAAAGAAGAAAAAAACGGUAUGAUGAUUAAACAAAUAGCAGUGUUAUAUGUAUAAAUUUCAUCUCUGCAGAAAUAUACAAUGUAUAUUUCUACACGAGAUGCUUGUAAUAAUUUUUUUAUAUCAACGAUUUUGAAUAUCUAGUGAUGGUGCCAGAAAAAUAGACAUUUUAUGCAAAACAAAAAAAAAAAAAGGAAAAGAUAGAGAAGAGUUUUGUUGCAACCAGUUGUAUGUACUGUACUAUAAUAUGUGCAUCGUGAAAGAAAAUAGGAGAGACAAUGUACAUAAAAUAUCGACAUUAAUUAUAUUAAUUACAUGAAUCGAAAACGAACAUGUGUCAAUUGUAACAUAUCACAAUCAAUUAUCCGGCUAUUUUAUUAGGAAAUUAAUUAUAUUCCUGUUAUAUAUUUUGGAUACUUUCGAAUAGGAUGACUAAAAAUUUUUCGUCUGUUAAAAUUUCUAAUUCUAAUAUGCAACAACUGAUAAAAUUUGACCUAUAUAUCGAGCAUAUCUCUACCAUGUUUUACACAUGACACACAACCGUGAGCACUCGUAAAAUUGAAAACAAAGACGAUGCGUCACUUUCACAGAUGCGAUACAUAUGUAUCUGUAUAUCGAAAUCAAGGAUAUAUUUAUUAA